AUGCCUCUUCAACUCAUAAUAUUUGUGAUUGUUGCAAUAGCACUGAUUGCAGUUGGAGCCUAUGUACAGAUUGCCCUGAAAGACUAUUUUGACCUUAUCGAAGGCUCGUUUAGUUCGGCAGCUGCGUUACUUAUAGCAGUGGGCGUGAUAAUCUUCUUCAUUGCGUUCUUCGGAUGCUGUGGAGCAUACAAGGAAAACAGGACAUGUGUGCUUAUUUUUGCUGGUCUGUUGAUAAUUAUCUUCAUAAUGGAAAUUGCCGGAGGAAUUGCUGGCUUCGUCCUCAAAGGACAGGUAGAAAAAACUGUCGAAAAAUACAUGAAGGACAACAUAAAGAAGAAUGCCACUGUUUGGGACAAGUUACAGAAGGAAUUCAAGUGCUGCGGUAUCCACAGUGCAAGUGAUUGGGAAAGAGAUGACCUUCCAGAUUCUUGUUGUGUAACGCCCUCUGCAGGAUGCACGUUGAACAAUACAGCAACUUACUAUACGAAGGGAUGCCUGGAUACAUUUACAAACUGGGUAGAGGAUCAUGUGUAUUACGUUGGAGCUGUAGGAAUUGCAUUUGCCUUUAUCCAGCUCGUUGGAAUCCUGUUUGCCUGCUGCUUGGCAAGAGCUAUCAAGAAGGAAUACGAAGUCGUGUAAACCAGUCUAGUGAAAAAAAAGAAAACUAGAAAGCAUGAAACCAGUCUAUGAACAUUAACCAAUCUGAUUAUUGAGAAAAUAUCUCUGGCUUUAUGGGAAGGAUAUUUGUAUUUUUGUAGAAUGUAGAAUCUUUGAUAACUGUAAGGUGAUGGAAAUAAAAAAAAAAAUAGUAACUCAUGUCAGAUAGUUGAACGCUCACCGAUUUAAUCAUAUUUAUGGAUAUAUAUUUUUUUUUUGCUUUUUACAUACCUUACAUGUAGGUUUAUAUUUCCAAGUAGGAUUUUAAUUAAUCAAAAAAACAACGUUUUUCUAUGCUUUUCAUUUAUUAACAUUUAUGUGUCCUGAUUCACAGAGAAAGGUUAUGGUAUGUUUAAAGUGCACUGAAAGCUAAAGAUAUAGUUAUGUUGAUUUUGCUCACCAUGUUAAAAUUUGCACAAGAAUCUGGACUACUUUUUUUUUUCUUUAUUGAAACUGAAAUAACUAUAUUUAGAAUGCAUAUAGUGUACCGGUAGUUCUUUCAGUAUUAUAUGCUAAUAGGUCUGUAUAAAUAGCACUAUUGUUCGCUUGUCUAGGUUUGACAGAUAUUCUCUACAGACACAAUAAUAAAAAAUGGAUGUACGUUUUGCAUGACACAAAAUCAUACAAACGUGAAAAUGUGCUGGGGUUGAUUUUUAAAGCCUAAGAAUUCAUGAAAUUCCAAUCAACAGAAAUGUUUACCAGGUUUAACAUGCCUCAGAAACUCUUAAGAACAUGCAUUUUGAGUUCUUGUUUAAGAUAGACUUUCAUAAAAGCUUUGUGUCUGGAAUGAAACAAAAUACUUACAAGAUGUAACAUAGUUUCUUAAGCAUAAUUUACAUUAAAUCUUGUCACAUUUGGACGCCAUAUAAUAGAAAAUAUAGAAAAUAUAAUAUAUCGGUAUAAUCAUCUUAGUGUGCUUGGAAGUAAAAUUGAGAACGAUACAGCUUUUUCUUUCAUUUCGAAGUUCCAUGUUUUUUAGCUGUGAGUUGUAUUAAGAUAAAUUCUUGAUUUACUUGCAUUUCCCAGUUUUUCUUUGGUUCAGCUUUUGUUUUGUGAUUUACACAUACAUCUGUGCAAUUAAACAGUUUCUAUGGGGUUUUUUGGUUGUGUAUUUGAUUUGUAUACUGAAGUCAGUCACAUUUUUCAUGUUAGAUCUUAAGUUUUGAAACUAUAUCAACUUGGCUCAAGGUCAGAGUUUACUAUAAAUGAACGAUUAGUUUUUCAUCAUAUAAAAGAACUUUGGUAAGAAAAUUGCUGAAACGCAAAUUUUUGCUAGGAUUGCCAGUAAAGAGUAUUCUUUUCAAAAUUCUAGCCACCUGUAAUUGUAUGAUAUUCCUUCAGUUGGUUAUAAAGUACCAAACGUAUAGAAAAGCAUUAUUUGUUGAUUUUUUUUUCUGGUAGUCUGUUGAAAAUACGAGUUAACUGCUUGAUUUAUGUUAAAGAAAAACUGUUGAUACGUGUUUAGCUGUGUUCAUCUACAUCUGUAUAACUUUCAUGGUUUUUGAUAACUAUGCGUGUUACAAAAUUUCUAUUGUUGAUGUUGUUGUUGUUGUCUUUCUUAUCUAGUUUUGACCGCUUGAUUCUAGAACUGCGGAUGAGCAAUAAACACAGUGCUGAGUAACAAAAUUACAGCGCAAGAUUUGAACUAGGAAAGUAAGGAUACAUAAUAGAAAUGUUAGUUUAUUCUAGUAAGUGACUGUUAAUGUGUAGACAAUGCAGUAUGGAACUAAGAUCCAGCUUUUUGUCAUUUCAUAUUUAUUAACUUUCCAUAUUUUUUUUUUCUUAUUGUUUUCGUUCCUGUUAAAAAACAGUUACAAAAGUGAAAAAUACCAUGUGGGAAAAUUUAUUGUAUUUGAGUGUUUUUACAGAUUUUACAUAAAACAAUAGAAAAGAAAAACUUCCAAGGCAUAGGCACGAUUGUUUUUUUUCUGGGGGGUGGGGUGGGGGAGGCAUUGCGGUUUCUUUUGACGUAAAAGUCUGCCUGGAACUGGAAGGAAUAUUUUUAUGACAAAGGGUUACCGAAGUUUGUCAUUCAUUAUUAAAAAGUUGCAAACAAAACCAGCUAAAAUUUAGUCAUACAGUGGUUUAAGUACUGUUCUUGCAUGUUUAUUUAGAUUUGUCCAUUUUUUAUGCAUUACAUGUUUUGCUGCGUAUGAUAUAUAUGUUUUAUGUGUAGCCUAUUCAAAGUUGUAUUUCUGACUGUUUUACUACAUUCUGUGGUAAUCAAAAUGGCUCCAACUAUUUCAUCAGGAAUAAGUUAAAGAAAAAACUAUCGUAGGGCAGACCUUUUUGCUAAAAAGGCCUACCACAUCUUACUUUGUUAAAUAUUCCAUCAAAGUCAAGGUCAGCCAGUCUAUUGAUUAUAGGGCUGACCUUUUAGUUAAAAAGGUUUACCAUACCUUAUUUUGUUAAAAGAGAUCUAUUUUUGUAAAAAUGAAACAAACUGCAUUACAGAUUACGUUUGGUAAAUUUUUAUCUGAUCAUAGUUAACUUCUUGCUAUUUUUACCGAUUGUAUUUUGGAUACAUAUAUUUUCUUCGUUCUUAUUGUUGUUUGACAUUAAUCUUUCAAUAAAAGUGAUCUAUAGAAAAAAA